AUGGAAUUUGCUUCGGCCCAAAGCGCCUUCUUCCUUACUGCAGGGGCUCACCGCAUUCUCCAUCUCAAAAGUGUGGCUGUUAAGCUUCGUACAAAUGAGAGGGGUCUCCAGCAGCACAAAGAGGCCUUGAACAUUCGAGUGGAGAGUUUGGAGAGAGAGCUAUUGGAUAAGGAGACAUUACAACUUGAUCGAGAGGCAGAGUUGUCUCGCCUUGGGAGUGACUUGGACUGGCUGGAUGUGGGACGCAUCAAAAACAUGUGCUUCACUGCUGGCGAGGAGUCUAGCAGAGAGGCGUUGCGCAAGGCGGUGGUUGCUGGAACGUUUGACCCUAGUGCUGCCAAUUCCACAUCUAGCUAUUCAGGGGAGCUGGUCGAUGCGAUUGACUCAUUCAUUUCCUUUGACUAUGCUUCCAUGAUUAAGUUAGGUUCCCUGCAUAUUGAUGGCCUCAGCUAG